UGUGGGGGUGCUGUAGCUCGAUCACGAACCGCAUACAGGACGGUCAAAUCCUGGGCCUGGGCCUGGGAUGCAGAAAGGAUCAAUCUCAAGCACGGAGCCAACGCAGCUGAAGAUAUCCUGACCUUCUCCGGCUCCCAGUGUUCUUCCGGGAAAUUCCAGACCGCUACGUGCCAGCCACGUCGGUACGCGCAUGAAAUGGUCAUCGGUGUCCUCGACACGCUCAAGGCGCACCACGGUCCCGUUGACGCGGAUUGACUGGACCAGCAUCGCGGACUCACGGGCGGCGGGGGAGCCGAGUGGACGAGGGGGGCCGGGUUUGCCGCGGCGAGCGGCGGUUCGACCUCCACGAAGGCGAAGUGGGCGGCGUGGUCCCAGUCGCCCUCGCGCACCCAAACCUCCAGGUAGCCGGGCCCCGCCACAAAGAGAAGUUUCACACGUUGCUUCCUCUGAUCUGAUACGAUGGCGAGAUAUGCAUGGACCUCCGGUCACCUGCAGCUCGACUAUGCAUGUUGACUCCAGAAACAAAAGAACGGAGAUGAUGCAUGCAAGGUCCAGCAAGCCAGAAAGCUACCAGCAUAUGCAUCAACUUGCAUGCAUCUUCAGACUAAUAAGGUAUGGUCACCCUAAAAUAAUGUGUCAAGUUGCAGGGCCUACAGGCUAACCAUGAUGUGGACUGGCGAGCUAAUUUGCAUGAAUCUGAACGCGUACCAACCUAUCAGAGUAUCAGGGUCAGCCUAACCAGACUUCCGUGUGUUCCCGUCUGUACAUGCCGGGACCAUCUCAAAUUGACCCCCUCCGCGUGUUCUUGUUAUCUUGUAGUCAGUAGCACUACAUCAUGACCAUCUGGCAAAACCAUUCCGCAGAAAAUGAAAUCACUGAUUUUUCCUGCUGAAAGUUUUCCAAGCCACACAAAGUUAGAUAUAGAAGAAUGGGGGAAACAAAAAACCAGCAUAUCUACUCCAUAACAGGUUGCUUGCUACGUCUGAAAAGCUGUUCCUUGGAAAGAAGUCUUUAUUUCCACUAAGCUGUAAUAAAGAAAAAGAGGCACAUUCAUCCAUACCUUUGGAGCAUACAUCAUAUAUGUAGGUAAAACAGGAAACGUGUUGACCAUAUUCAACUAAAUACCCAUAUGCAAUGCCUCGUCAGAAGAAAAAAGAAGUACUAACAAGUCAUUUUCUGUUCCCAGCCACUUGAGACAGCUGAAACCUGCAUGUCCAAAACUGCUUAUAUAAGAAGAGGAGCACUCAAGAACACCACACGUCCAUAUACAGUCCAUUGACCUUACUCCUUAGGCUCUCCACAUGGCCUUCUUCUUCAUCCGCGUGGUGCUCCUCUUCUUGCUGAGCACAACAUGCGCCUCUGCACUCACCCCAACAUCGAAUACCACAGACCUUGCUGCGCUGCUCGCCUUCAAAGCACAGCUCAAGGACCCCUUUGGCAUCCUUGCCAGCAACUGGACUGCCACUGCGUCCUUCUGCUCGUGGGCUGGCGUCUCAUGUGACCGCAGUCAGCGUGUCACCGGCCUGGAGUUCAGCGACGUGCCGCUCCAGGGCAGCAUCGCACCACAGCUUGGUAAUCUCUCUUUCCUCUCGACCAUUGUCCUCAGCAACACCAGCAUCAUGAGCACCGUGCCAAACGAGCUUGGCAGUCUGCCCUGGCUUCAAACUCUUAAUCUUUCAUACAAUAGUUUGUCAGGUACCAUCCCACACAUCCUUGGAAACCUUACUAGGCUUGACACGCUUGAUCUUUCUGGAAAUAACUUCUUUGGGGGAAUUCCACAUGAGUUGCAAAAAUUGCACAGCCUUAUUUCUUUAAUAUUGCAAUCCAAUGAACUGAGUGGACCAAUACCACAGGGCCUAUUCAACAACUCAACCAAUUUGAGUGAAAUAAAUCUUGGGUACAAUUGGCUGACAGGAGCAAUUCCUGAUAGUUUCAGCUCACCGCUAAAGUUGGAGAUGCUAGUCCUAGAAGAAAAUCAUCUCUCAGGCCCCAUGCCACCUUCUCUCUUCAAUAUGUCCCAGCUGCAAGCACUGGCUGUCGGAUGGAACAAUCUCUCAGGUCCAAUUCCUGGAAAUGAGAGCUUUCACCUCCCUAUGCUGCAAGUGUUAUCUCUGCCAGAAAACCAGUUCAAUGGACCUAUCCCUUUGGGUCUCUCCGCCUGUCAGAACCUUGAAGCGCUCCGUCUUGCAGUGAAUAAUUUCACUGGUACUGUGCCUUCAUGGCUGGCAACACUGCCAAACCUCACCAAAAUAUACCUGUCAACAAAUGAUCUCACUGGGAAGAUCCCGACUGAGCUGAGCAACCAAACAACGCUUCUUGGUUUGGAUGUCAGUGAGAACAAUCUUGAGGGGGAAAUUCCACCAGAACUGGGAAAUUUAAGAAAUCUUUGGAUUCUAAGCCUUGCAAACAACCAAAUAGCAGGUGUCAUCCCAGAAGCCAUAGGCAAUCUAUCUAACCUUGAGAUAAUAGACUUGUUUGGAAACAGAUUAACUGGACCAGUGCCAGUGUCAUUUCAAAACUUGCUAAAUCUCCGUCGCAUCUGGUUCAAUUGUAACCAGCUCAGUGGGAAUCUCAAUUUCCUGGCAGCAUUAUCCAAAUGCAGGAGCCUGGAUACCAUUAACAUAGCUAACAAUACAUUCACAGGGAUGCUACCACCCUACAUGGGAAACCUCAGCACGGUAUUGCAGUACUUCAUAGCGGAUUACAAUAUGAUCACUGGAAGCAUCCCUAGUACACUGGCCAAUCUGAGCAACAUGUUAGUAAUUUCUCUCGGUGGAAACAACCUGAGUGGGAAGAUCCCCACAACAAUCUCUGCGAUGAAGAAUCUCCAAGAACUCAACCUCUCCAGCAACAGCUUGUCUGGCACCAUCCCAGCAGAAAUAAGUAGAUUAACAAGCCUAGUUUAUUUGAAUCUUGGUGGCAAUAAACUAAGCGGUUCUAUUCCAAGCAGUGUCAGUAGUCUAAGCCAACUGCAAGAUAUGACGUUGUCACAAAAUUCACUGUCUUCAACCAUACCGACAACUCUAUGGCACCUUCAGAAACUUGUUGAGCUUGAUCUGUCAUUGAACUCUUUGAGUGGUUCCCUACCAGCUGAUGUUGGAAAACUGACAGCUGUUGCCAAUAUGGAUUUAUCAAGCAACCAGUUAUCAGGUGAAAUUCCAACUUCCAUUGGUAAUCUUCAGAUGAUGAUCAAUCUUAAUCUAUCCAGCAAUUUAUUCCAAGGAUCACUACCAGAUUCAAUUGGAAAUUUACUUAGUAUUGAAGAGUUGGAUCUCUCCUCCAACAUGCUUUCCGGUUCCAUUCCAGAAACCAUGACCAAUCUCAGUCACCUUGCAAAUUUGAACCUCUCUUUCAACAGCUUGGAUGGACAGAUACCAGAAAGAGGUGUGUUCUCAAAUAUCACCCUCCUAUCAUUGAUGGGGAACGAGGCACUCUGUGGCCUUCCACGCCUGGGAAUAGCACCAUGUCAGAACAACCAUGAUCAGUCACGGCUAAAACCAAAGUUAUUAAAAGUCAUAUUACCUGCAGUCCUGGGAUUUUUUGUUUUAGCUGCAUGCCUGUAUAUGUUGGUAAGAGUGAAGGUGAAUAUAGGAAGAAAGAUGACAGUACCCUCAGACACAGACUUGCAGAAGUAUAAGUUGAUCUCAUACCACGAACUUGUCCGUGCAACCAGCAACUUCACAGAUGAUAACUUGCUAGGGGCCGGAAGCUUUGGUAAAGUCUUCAAAGGAGAAUUGGAUGAUGGAUCAGUGAUCGCAAUAAAGGUACUAAACAUGGAGCAUGAUUUAGCUUCGAAGAGCUUUGACACCGAGUGCCGUGCACUACGAAUGGCUCGGCACCGGAACUUGGUGAAGAUAAUUAGUACUUGCUCCAAUCUCGACUUCAGAGCACUAAUUCUUGAGUAUAUGCCUUAUGGUAGUUUGGAUGAUUGGCUGUACUCAAAUGAUGGGAGGCAACUCAGUUUCCUCCAAAGGGUUGGCAUUAUGCUGGAUGUUGCAAUGGCAAUGGAGUAUCUACACCACCAGCACUUUGAAGCUGUCCUGCAUUGCGAUUUAAAGCCAAGCAAUAUCUUGCUGGACAAGGACAUGAUUGCAAAGGUUUCUGACUUUGGCAUUUCCAAGCUGCUAGUUGGAGAUGAAAACUCCAUCACAUUAACAAGCAUGCCUGGCACUGUAGGAUACAUGGCUCCUGAGUUCGGGUCAACAGGAAAAACAUCACGUGCCAGUGACGUUUAUAGCUAUGGAAUAGUUCUCCUUGAAGUUUUUACUAGGAAAAAGCCGACUGAUGCAAUGUUUAUCGGUGAGUUGAGCUUGAGACAGUGGGUUAGUCAAGCAUUCCCACAUGAACUUUCAAAUGUUGUUGACAGUAACAUAGUGCUAGAUGAGCUGAAUAAUGGCAUGGAAGAUGCAAAUAGUCUUCCUGAGAACUUCAGCAUCUUGAAUACCUACCUGGCAUCCAUAAUUGAGUUGGCCUUGCUAUGCUCGAGAGCUGCACCUGAGGAAAGGAUACCAAUGAAUGAUGUGGUAGUGAAGUUAAACAAGAUCAAGUCAGACUACAGUUCGCAGUUCCCAACUUCAACCACAUCUGGGUGAUAAUCGAGGCAAUCUGAUCAGCAAGAACUGGGAGGAUAUUAAUCAGUAGGGGCGUGCCCCUCCUGUUUCAUCCAAAAAAAAAAAGAACUGGGAGGAUAACCAACAGUUUUCAAUCACCGGCACGAGUCAGCAAGAAAUAAAGGCUUCAGUUCAGAAGCACUGGCCACAAGCAUUCAAUUGCCAAGGCACUCAAAUCACAGAAAUAGCAAUUGUGCAGGAUUGGAACAUCAAGAAAGAUCGGGAUUGGCAUAUUUUUCCAGUGCAAGUGCAGGCAGAAGGUGGCUGCAACCUUAUACCAUUCCAUAGGAAACGAAGGGUUGCAAUUUAUGGUCUUGCCUAAAGAAUAGCACAUUACUGAUAUAGAAAAAGUAAUGAUGUAAAAUUGUACUGCUGUUUCAACCGCUGCAAUCAUAAAAAGGUACAAAAUAAUAAUAAAAAAAGAUGCUAACAUCCACAAACCUUAUUUUCA